GAGGCCCCGAUCCACGGAAGGCCACCCUCCGGUCUUCCUCCGGGAGUCUGAAGCCUUGGGUUCAGGGCCUCCUCCUUGAGGGGGGGCGGGCAGGAGGCGCAGGUCCUCCUCGGGAGAAGGCCCCCCUCCUUUUCCCCUCCCCUGGCAGGCCCUGUUCAAAAGGGCUGCUCUGCUCUUGCUUGUAGGGGCUGGGCAUGAAUGAGGCACCCCCCGGUUGCUGCCACCGCUGCCCGCCGGGCCCCCAGGAGACCAUGAACUUGGACAGCCUCCCUGCAGGGGGGUUGGUGCCCCCCAGGGGGUUUCCAGGCUGGCAGGAGCCACCGCCCUUCGCCCAGUGCCCCAGUGAGCAGGAGGAGGCCGGUGCCAGCGACACCUUCGAGAGCGGCUACCUCAGCCUGAAGGGCCCCGAGGAGGGCGAGGAAGGCGCGGAGGGCGAGCCGGAGCCUCGGCGCGCUUGGGAGCAGGACCACCCGGAGGCGCAGAUGAAAGUGGACUUUUUCCGUAAGCUGGGCUAUUCGCCCAAGGAGAUCCUGGCGGUCCUCCAGAAGCACGGCACCGGGGCCGAUACCAACACCAUCCUCGGGGAGCUGGUCCGGCACGGCGUGGCGGCCGGGGAGAAGGAGCCCGCCGACGGCCCCCUGGAGACCUCGGAGGCCCCGCUGCUUCCCCGGGGAGGGACGGCCAAGCGGGGCCCCUCGGGCAGCCUGCCUGCAGAGGGGAAGGAGGCCGGGAAUUUGCGGCCCAUCGUCAUCGAUGGAAGCAACGUGGCCAUGAGCCAUGGCGACCGAGACGUCUUCUCUUGCCGGGGGAUCCUGCUGGCGGUGAACUGGUUUCUGGACCGAGGGCACACGGACAUCACGGUCUUCGUGCCGUCCUGGAGGAAAGAACAGCCCAGGCCGGAUUUUCCCAUCACAGACCAGCACAUUCUCCGGGACCUUGAGAAGCGGAAGAUCGUUGUGUUCACACCCUCUCGGAGGGUGGGGGGCAAGAGGGUGGUCUGCUACGACGACCGCUUCAUCGUGAAGUUGGCCUGUGAGUCCGACGGCAUUGUCGUCUCCAACGACACCUACCGGGACCUGCAGUCCGAGCGGCCCGAGUGGAAGAAGUUCAUCGAAGAGCGCUUGCUGAUGUAUUCGUUCGUUAACGACAAGUUCAUGCCUCCCGAUGACCCCCUCGGGCGCCAUGGGCCCAGCUUGGACAACUUCCUCCGAAAGAAGCCGCUGGCUCCUGAGCACAAGGCGCAGCACUGCCCCUACGGANCCGACGAGCUCCGGGCCAGCGCCAGGCUCUCGCCCACCCGGGGCGCCCCGGUCCCCAAAGAGGAGCGGUCCGGCCGGCGGCCUUCCCAGGGGGAAUUCCUGGGCUGUGUGGCCCCCGAGGGGGAGAAGCUUCCCCUCCACAAGGCCUUGGCUGAGAAGAAAAGCCCUGGCCCUAAAGCAGAGCAGCUCGACUCCGGCCUCGGCUCCCUCGAGAGCCAGCUGGUGGAGAUGUGGCCCAGCCACGGACGUCACCCGCACCCGGAGCCCCUGGGCAGGGGGGGCAGCCCAGGCCUGGCCUACCCGAUGCCCCCCGGCCUGGAUUCCAAGGGCUACCUUCGGUUCCCACCGCAGGGGUACCCCAAGCCCCCCUCGGCCUCUGGCCUUGGCUUCCCGGCAUAUAGUCCAGACCUGCCCCCGGGCAGAGCGGCUCCUCGCUCCUUCCCAGGCUACGGCCUCCCAGCCGACGCUCGCCUGGACCCCGGGCAGAAGUUCUGGUCCGAGCCCUACCACGCUGGGCCUGCGCCAGGGCCGCCCAGGGACCUGCCGAGAGCCCCACAGCCGCCUUACGACGCCUCCCCCUCCUCCUCCUCAUCCCCCUCGUCCUGCCACUGGUCCAAGCCGGACCGCUUUGCCGAGGAGCGCGCCAACGUCCGCGUCCGCCUGUGUGGGAUCUUCCACCCGAAUCUGGUGGAUGCCGUCAUGAACCGCUUCCCUCAGCUCUUGGAUCCGCAGCAGCUGGCAGCCGAAAUCCUGGCCUACAAGUCCCAGAACCCACGGGUGUGAAGCGGA